UCAAAUUUAGUUUCUUCUACUGGUUUUUGCGGUAAUUUAUCGAAGUGCCAUUUUGCGUGUCGCUUUUUCGGUGCAAACUAUCCACCGUGGCGAUAUUGAUUCCUGCGUGGCGCGUGGGUACACCACAGAUCGAUACCCGAGUAGAACGUUCAGUCUUGCUGGUCAUUCUAAUGAAUGCCAGAAUGUUUUGAAUUCAACAGAGUUGUCGAUACCACUUCUAAGAACCAAUCUGUCUGGUACGGAGGAGCAACUCUGCCGUGCGGAGGCUGAGGAUUCAGUGGGCAUGGUUUAACUUGUGGGGAGGCUGGAUGAUGAGGCGGUACUAACAGCAGUAGGGUGUCCUGUGACGAACAGGAAAUUGGACUGACCCUUCGACACUUGACUGCCUUUGAGAAAGAAGAUGGAGGACAGCACAAGAAGACUAUUUCGAGCACGGAAGACGUGCUGUGACAUGCUCCAGGACCGCGGCUACAUCGUGUCCGCACAGGAGAAGAAUGAAUCGUGGAAUGAUUUUCUGCAGAGAUUCAAAGAGAAUGAGUGCAACCGUUCGCGAAUGCUUUUAAUCGCAUCACACAAAGUAGAUCCUGACAAUCGGGUUAUUGUCUACUUUGCCGAUGAGACAAAGAAGACCGGUGUGAAGCCGAUCAGAGAGCUUACGGAGCGAAUGGAGGAAAGAAAUAUACAGAGGGCGAUUUUGGUGACGCAGAACGUCCUGACAGCCUUCGCCAGAGAUGCGAUUAGCGAGGCAGCUCCGCGCCACAUUAUAGAGAACUUCAUGGAGUCGGAGUUGUUGGUCAACAUUACAAAGCAUGAGCUAGUGCCGAAGCACGUGCCCCUGACAAACGACGAGAAGCAAAAUCUCCUCAAUAGAUAUCGAGUCAAAGAGAUUCAGCUUCCAAGGAUUCAAUCGGCAGACCCAGUUGCACGCUAUUUUGGCUUGUCCCGUGGACAGGUCGUCAAAAUCAUCCGACCCAGUGAAACGGCGGGACGGUACGUGACUUACCGUCUUGUUGUGUGAGGUGUUUUUCAAAAGGAUGAUUUGUCAAUUUUUAAAGGAGAGUUGCUUACUACUGUGAAACCAAGCUACACUGAUAUCACAAAGACUGAGGUUCCUGUCUUAUGACGGUACGUUUUUCUUGGAUGUGGCAAAAUGAGUAUCUGGGAUGUCAGGACAGACAAAAGGUGCACGCCUUUGGCUGGCAGGUUUCCGCACUGCUGCACCAUCUGAACACAUUCAAGAUUGGGGCACAGUUACAUGAUACAAACCGCCAGACCAGGAGACGGGUGGAUGAUACAUAACACUGAACGUAUCAGCAUAAACUGCUGGUCGUGGAAGCGAGUAGACUAGUUUUCCUGUACGGUGUAGACGUGUGAUACAUUCUCCAAUGGAGGCGUGUACUGCAAGUUCUCGUGACCGGUUUUUGGUUUACAUACCGCCCAGCGAAGAAUGAGAAACUCAGCAAAUGAGCACGGUGUGGCAGCUCCUGCGUCUCGGGCUUCCCGAGGGAUCUCGUGAGGGACCUGCCGCUGGACCUGCACCUCGGAAAAGCAAUCGCAUUUCGUAUCGAGAAGAAACUUCGGAACGCGGCGAAUUUUCAAGGAAACAGUCGACAUUUAAGCUCUCCCGAG